AUGAGUUCACCACAACGAGCAUCCCGGGUUUGCCGGAUAUGCAAAGCAAAGAAGAAAGCGUGCGGCAAAGAGCUACCAACCUGUUCCUACUGCUUCAAACGCGGUUUCGACUGCAUAUACGACACCGAGAGCGAUACACCGCCAAUGAAUGACGAUGUAGCAGAAGUGUUCAAGCCCUGGUCUCUUACAUUAUUCCCCAUGGCUAUUUCCACUGCCACUCUAGACAGCACGAUGGCUUAUCAUAUGCACUACCUAUACAGAGUAGUCGGCCAAUCUCCACUUCAAGCCGGAAAACGCUUUCUUGACAACUUUCAGAAGUGGUUGCCCAUCAUAGCCCCACGGCACCUGUAUGAGCACAUUGAGUUAAGCGAGCGAGGACUUCCAGGGGCUGACAUUUCAGUUCUGCUGCUCGCGAUAUGUCUUGUCACUCUAAGGUCUGGUGGAGUCUUGGAUGAUCCUUUAUUCCACCAUUCAGCAGUACAUGUGACAGUGAAAACACUGUACGCUCAAGUUCAGGCUAUGAUGCAAGCCAGCGUUGCUCUGAUUCAGACCGGCAUUAUCUUAUCGGCUUAUGAGUAUGCUAGUGGCCAGAUUGACUCAGCUUACAUCUCUAUUGCUGCAUGCAUUAGAAUGGCACAGGUUGCUGGUGUCGACACUGCUUGUAAGAAGCUCACUGCAGUUCAAGAAGAGACUAGACUACAAGCUACGUCAGAGUGGAACUUGUGGUGGUCCAACAUUGUCCUGGAAAGGUUUAUCUUGCUGGAGCACAGUAGUAACGGACGUCCAGACCCCAUAGCAGUCUGCCCCAGCUCUGACGUACCUUUGCCUUCUGACACGGAGUCCAACGGUGAAUAUAUCCCAACGUAUUGCACCAUGUCUUCUUCCACUAUUCAGAACUCUUCCAGUUUGAAAUUGCAAGAGCGGAUGUCUGUCUUCAUGGCACAGACACCGCAUGAGCCUGGUUUGCGGUGCGGAACUAUCGCAACUGUGGUAAGGUCCUUAUACAUUUUACACGAGAAGAUCUUGUCGAUAGCUGGCUCGUUAUCUGCAGACGCUGACAGGGAUGGAUGGGUGAACAGCUCUGAAGCCGCGUUGGAGACGAUUACCAAGAUCAUGGUUGACGUCGCGAAGCAUCACUUGGACUAUAUUGCUCGCUCUGAUGUUGAAAGCUUGGCCUUUUGUUGUGCAUUGUCUAUUGCCUUCAUGACACAUCGUGAAGCGGCUGAUUCAUAUCCAGGCGGCCAACGUUCCACAGCAGAAGUCCUUGAAAUUUCUGAGAAUCUCAAAUGCCUAUAUUUCACUGAUCGGGACCACGCCAAGCCGUCAACGCAACCAACUUUAGGACUAGACACAAUCAAUGCCUUUACCCAAAGAAAGUAUGUGGCUCUAUCAUACACUUGGAAGCCAUCCCCGGAAGAAGCCGGUGUCCCUCAUGGUGGGUACUUGAUUGAAGAGCUUCGGUCUGGCAUCGUGGAACCGUCGUCUGUGAGAGACGUCGUUUUCAGCAGAAUCAAGCGAUACAUGGAUCACGUCAACUGCAAGUACCUUUGGAUCGACAAGCACUGCAUUGUUCAGGAGGAGGGCGAAGAGAAGGAGAUAGAAAUCCUUUCUGGGACAUUUGUAACGAAACGAGGGAGCAGUUACUUGUUGUCUUCAAGUGAAAGAGCUCUCGACGCACUUCAACUUCUCCGUUAUAUCACCUCUGAUUUAUGGUUCACCAGAGGUUGGACUUAUCAAGAGAACUACCGUGCCAAUAUGAAGAUGACUCUCCUCAUUGCGAAUUCCUCAGGGCUCAGUCAUGAAAAGCCUGUUCGACACUUUGGUUCUUUGGACGGAGAACUCUUGAUCAGUUCCGCGAGCCUUUACGAGCAAGCAACAAAGCUUUGCCUAGCAUACUCGAACCAACAACCACCACCUCCGCAUCUAGAUAGCAUCCUCUCGAGAGCCAAGCGAUACACAAUUUUACUCGCCAACGAGGAGGAUUCCGCACCAGUGUCAAUGUCUCCCAGCAUCAUCGAAGACAUUGCGAGUCGUAACCUUGAUAGGGAGUGGGACAGACUAGCUAUCAUCGCCAACUGCUGUCAGUACGCGAAUCGUUUGAACAGUGCACAGCUUCAGGCCGACAAAAAUAGUCUUAGCCUAUCCAUCCUUACACUUGUUCUUAUGAAUGGGGAGAUCUUGUCAAAUCAUCCUCGAGACAAGCUCGACGUGAAAACAAUGACUAUCACCGAGUUCUUGCAUAAGCAUUUCUUUAACGGGCUACAGUCUCCAUGGAAAAAAGCCAAACUGACCUUUAACAAGAGUUGUCGUUUUGCCAAUGUCAUUUUGACAGAAGAGGGUGUACAGACUGAGGGCUACAUAUGGCGGCUUGAUGACGAGAUCUCCACGGCUAGCUUUUACAGAUACAUGCAGCCUCACGGAAAGAAGAGAUACCGACAGCCGGCGAAGCGACCACUUGAAUGGCUAGCAGGUGAACUGGCAUCCGAAUACCGAGUUCUUUCAGACAGACUGGACGAAAUCCUCGACCUUGAAGUGCCGUCAUCAGCUGCAGAAGAAUGGCUGCUCAGUAUGGUCGAUAAAGUCGAAGAAGCUAUACUGCGAGGGAAACUGCUCUGCACUGCAACUUUACUCGGUCCUGGUCCUUUAGGCGUUGCUGUCUUUGUCCAGCCAGAAGACUCUGACGACGAAAGCAGCGGGACUGGCUCUGAAAUGAGUCUUGAUCGUGAUCAAGAUCGUCACGUUUUCACCUCUUUUCAGCGUGCGCAGACUGACCGUGGAGGUUUUGACCUCAAUGACCUAGACAAACAUGUCUCGUUGGAGGUCGACUACGAUGCUGGGAAUAGUGACAUACUACUCCCUCAGUUGUACACAAAGCGCUGGAUUCACGGAUUGUGUUUCUACCAUGGCUGCACGCCGCAAAAGGUCGUAUUUCCGUGGCCAUCUUCGUUGGAGGAGCUAUAA